AUGUCUGCACUUCCGCUGUCGCUACAGAUGCAGCCUGUAUCCAGUAAGUCGCCUAUAUCGCGCGAAACUGAUUCUAAGAAUAAGGGAGUGACACUUCCGAGGAAAUCUAAGUCGAAUAACACGAGAACUGGGGCUGCUGGCGGCUCAAGGGGGUCUAAUGUGAAAUGGAAUGUGUUGCCUAAGAUUGGGGAGACGUUACACCCGCGGAAACACUCUAUGAACGUUACAUAUACUGAUUCUACGCACGUUUUUUAUGAUCCAAGGUAUAAUCGGAGGUUGAACAAAGUUGAUGUUUUCAUGCAGUUCAACGAGCAAUGCCCGUUGGAGGACGUUGUGACGAUGGCACACACACGGCUCGAGUCGUUUGCGAAGUUUCUCAACUACUACUACGAGUCGCGGAAGUUUAUGAUGAGCGAUACGGAUAAGUUUACGGAAUCGUCGCAUUUCCCCGGGGAAAUUGACGGGAUUAACUUUCAAGAGGUGGACUACCUUGUUCAGCUCUGGCAUUUGCAAUGUCUCCGGUUUCUCAACCAGACGAAGUCGCUAUUGUUUUCAUCUGGGGUCGUGAAAUCGCUUCUCCAGCGUCGCCAGAAUAUGAAACAUGGGUUUGGCCACGGCCAGUUUGACGAUACAGAUAUUUUAGUGAUCCGGUCUGAUAUGAGCGACUCUUUUUGGGGGUGGCAGGUGGCCUACGAUGAGCCAAGCCUUAACGUGAUCGACUACGUGCUAGAUGUCUCGUUGCUUUCCAGGAAUGUCGAGCGCGGGUUGACUAGACAGUCGUCCACGAAAAAGCUGAGUGUUCGCGAUAUCAUGGGCAGAUCUGCUGAGGAUAUAGCGGAUAGCAGCAGCUCAACAGACUCAUUAGAGCACCAGAACCAAAGUGACUCAGAUAUCUCUUCUACUAAUACCACAGAGUCGCCAGAAAGGGAUUCCUUCGCAGCUGCAAGACAGCCACCAGCAUCGUCAAGUAAAUUCUUUAAGGCUGCCCAUGCCGGAAGUUCAGGAAUAGUGCAUUUCUUCAAGAAGAAGAGCACUUCUGGGUUGUCCACAACGCCUUCGAUGGUAGAUAUCGGAACAACGCCGAACACAGACCCGUUAAGUACCCCGCCACCAAGUGCUGAUGGCACUUCAACAUUCACUUUGAAGAAUAAGUGGCUAGAAAAUCACUAUUCAAGGAAACUGUCUAAUUUCCUCAGUGUCCACACUCCACCACAUUAUCAUGCCCCAACACCUUCUUCAAGCGAAGAGGACGUGGAUGAGAAAAAGAUGAUCGACUACAAACUACAAUACCUUAAGAUCAAACUACCAUUCAACGAUAACUCGAUCCCUUCCAUAUUAUGCCCAAGUUUGUGGUUCCAUUUGAGGUUUGACAAGUGGAAAACAGUCCUAGAAGAGUUUUACCGUUGUUUAAUCCCUGGCGGAUCUCUUCAGACGGAAAACUUUGACUUCAAGGGGUCAAGUAUCGACUCUGAAGAUCAAUGUUCCCUUGGCACCACCAGAGAACUGAGGAAAAUUCUUGAAGCAGCCUCUCUGGAAGCCAUGAAAGACAAUAUUCAAGUCCUGCCAAUGAGACAUUUGGUGUUUUUACUGAACGAGAUUGGUUUUGUAAACGUGAAAUGCUGCGUUAUGAGCUUAACGCGUGGUGAUAUGACCAACGACUUGGAGUGUGUUUACGAAUUUUUGUCUAUGUAUCAUUACGAUACCAUAAUUAGGAGGCACCUAUGGGAUCCUUCUCUCUUCCCAGAAAAUACGAACCCUGCAACAUUCCCAUUACGUUAUUUCAACGAGCACAAUGGCAAGGUCGAUACCCAUGUAGGAGCGCUGAGACUCGUAUGCAUUACUGCAGAAAAGCCGUUGAAGUGA